AGAGGGAAAGAGUCUUAAGCAGACUGUCAGGGAGCUCGGAGCCAUCUGGGGCCUCUAUCUCACAACCCUGAGAUCAUGACAUGAGCUGAAACCAAAAGUCCAAGGCUUAGCUGACUGUACCACUGAGGUGUCCUGCUAGUUCCUCUUUUAAAUAAUUUAAUUGAUUUGGUACUCCUAUCAUAAGUAGGUGUUGGCCUCAAUUUUCCUCCUAAUAGCCUAAUUGUUCCCCUUACUGUGCAGGUGUAACCAUAAAAUAAAUUAGGUCUGUUGUUCAUGCCAUUUUAUGAGCCAUAUAACUUAGAGAAACAAUUGUUUAUUUUAUAAUUGGUGAUGCUAACCAACUUUUACAUUUUGUAUAGUUUAUUGACUUGUUUGUUAGGAUGAUUAAAUAGUGUAUUUCUUGGAUUCACAAAUCACACUACUCAUGAGAUAAAUUUCACUGCCAAAGAAUAAAAAUGAUUGUAGGAAGUUUACAUUACCCGAGGGCGUGAUUCUUAAACAUUAGUAUGCAUGAGAAUCACUUAGAGAGAUUGAAGGGCAGAUUUUAGCACCACCAGAGAAUUUCAUUCAAGGUCUGGAGGAAACCCCAGGAGUCAACCUUGAAAAAAAAACAACUCAAGACUCCCGAAUAAUUAUUUAUGCAUAUGGUUCACACACUACAAUUUGAGAAACAGAGUCUACCUGAAAGUCUUUAUAAGGCUCAGAUUUUGGAAAUGGUGUUGCCUGUACACACUUCCUGAAGUUAUUAAUUUGAACGCGUGGUGGCAGUGCAGGCUAAGAGAGUGAAUAAGAGCUCACGGAUUCGGUGGACUCCAUUUUAUUCAGAAGCCAGCCCCCGCCCCCAAAACAGAGCACACUUACAGCUAAAGCUAAGAUAGACGUAUUCAGGAAGGCAGUCGUCACCAGACAAGUUAUAAGACGAAUUCGAAAUUCAGCAGCAAAGACAUUUCGGAGGGUAGAUGGUGGACGUGCUGAUGGGGACUGGAAAAGGAUUUUUUCCUCUGGGAUCAGACAUAAUGGAGAUGGCGCGAACAAAAGUACAUCGCAAGAAAAGGCAAGUGGCAAUUCUCAUUAUAUGGAUGCUUUUGUGGGAAGCCGGUUCAGAAUCGAUUCAAUAUUCUGUACUGGAGGAGUCAGAAAGGGGCACGUUUGUGGCCAAUUUGACAAAGGACCUGGGACUCGGGAGAGGAGAACUGGCUGCGCGGGGUGCCCAGGUUGUUUUCAAGGGGAACAGACAGCAUUUGCAGCUUGACCCACAGACCCAUGAUUUACUGCUAAAUGAGAAACUGGACCGGGAAGAGCUGUGCGGCUCCACUGAGCCAUGUGUGCUACCUUUCCAAGUGUUACUGGAAAAUCCCUUGCAGUUUUUUCAGGCUGCUUUACGAGUCAGAGAUAUAAAUGACCACGCCCCGGAGUUCCCAGCCAGAGAAAUGCUACUUAAAAUAUCAGAAAUUACUACACCAGGAAAGCUAUUUCCUUUGAAAAUGGCACAGGAUUUAGACGCUGGUAGCAACAGUCUUCAGACCUACAUAAUCAGCUCCAAUCCUCAUUUCCACGUUCUCACUCGCCAUCGCAGCGACGGCAGGAAGUUCCCGGAGCUGGUGCUGGACAAAGCCUUGGACCGCGAGGAGCAGCCCGAGCAUAGGCUUACCCUCACAGCGCUGGAUGGUGGGUCUCCGCCCCGGUCUGGAACCACGGAGAUUAAGAUCCUGGUCUUGGACAGCAAUGACAAUGCUCCCGAGUUUGCUCAGGAGCUCUAUGAGGCACAAAUCCCUGAAAACAAUUCCCUGGGCUCUCUGAUUAUCACUGUCUCAGCCAGAGAUUUAGAUGCAGGAUCCUUUGGGGAGGUAUCUUAUGCCCUAUUUCAGGUAGAUGACAUUAAUCAACCUUUUGAAAUAAACACAAUUACAGGAGAAAUUCGACUGAGAAAGACUUUGGAUUUUGAGGAAAUUCAAUCUUAUCACGUGGAUAUUGAGGCUACAGAUGGCGGGGGACUAUCAGGAAAAUGCUCUUUAGUCAUCAAGGUUCUGGACGUAAAUGACAACGCUCCUCAAUUGACCAUGUCGUCACUCAUCAGUCCCAUCCCCGAAAACCUGCCAGAAAUCAUAGUAGCAGUUUUCAGUGUGUCAGAUGCAGAUUCUGGACAAAAUCAACAAGUUCUUUGUUCUAUAGAUGACAAUCUGCCCUUUCUUCUAAGACCAUCAGUAGAGAAUUUCUACACGUUGGUAACUGAAGGAGCGCUGGAUAGAGAGAGCCAGGCCCAGUACAACAUCACCAUCACCGUCACCGACCUGGGGACCCCCAGGCUGAAAACCCAGCACAACUUAACCGUGACGGUGUCCGACGUCAACGACAACGCCCCCGCCUUCAGCCAAAGCUCCUACACCCUGCGGGUCCGCGAGAACAACAGCCCCGCCCUGCACAUCGGCAGCGUGAGCGCCACCGACAGAGACGCGGGCGCCAACGCCCAGGUCACCUACUCGCUGCUGCUGCCGCCCCACGACCCGCACCUGCCCCUGGCCUCGCUGGUGUCCAUCAACGCGGACAACGGGCAGCUGUUCGCGCUCAGGGCGCUGGAUUACGAGGCGCUGCAGGCGUUCGAGUUCGGCGUGCGCGCGGCCGACCGCGGCUCGCCCGCGCUCAGCAGCCAGGCGCUGGUGCGCGUGCUGGUGGUGGACGACAACGACAACGCGCCCUUCGUGCUGUACCCGCUGCAGAACGGCUCGGCGCCCUGCACCGAGCUGGUGCCCAGGGCGGCCGAGGCGGGCUACCUGGUGACCAAGGUGGUGGCGGUGGACGGCGACUCGGGCCAGAACGCCUGGCUGUCGUACCAGCUGCUCAAGGCCACGGAGCCCGGGCUGUUCGGCGUGUGGGCGCACAACGGCGAGGUGCGCACGGCCCGGCUGCUGAGCGAGCGCGACGCCGUCAAGCACAGGCUGCUGGUGCUGGUCAAGGACAAUGGCGAGCCGCCGCUGUCGGCCAGCGUCACGCUGCACGUGCUGCUGGUGGACGGCUUCUCGCAGCCCUACCUGCCGCUGCCGGACGUGGCGGCGGCCGAGGCCCGGGCCGACCCGCUCACCGUCUACUUGGUCAUCGCCUUGGCGUCGGUGUCGUCGCUCUUCCUGGUGUCGGUGCUGGUGUUCGUGGCGGUGCGGCUGUGCAGGAGGAGCCGGGCGGCGUCGGGGGGCGGCUGCGCGGUGCCCGAGGGCCCGUUUGCGGGCCACCUGGUGGACGUCAGCGGCACGGGGACCCUGUCCCACAGCUACCAGUAUGAGGUGUGUCUGAGGGGAGGCUCAGGGACCGGCGAGUUCAAGUUCCUCAAGCCCAUUAUCCCCAAUAUCGUGGGUGAAGGGGCCAAUAGGGGCACGGAGGAAAACUCUCACUUUAGAAAUCAUUUUGGGUUCAGUUAGGCAUCUCACCUUAAGUGGAGAUAAAUGAUAACAUUAACUAAUGUAUCAUUAGUUCACAACCCGUUCAUUCACAUAAAGAGCUACUUAUUCAUACAUUAAUAAUUAUUGUCAUAUUUACAGUUAUUUCAGCUUGUUUAUUUUACAUUCUGAAUCUCUGGGUGUUUGUUGUUUUCCCUGUUGUUGUUUUUAGCCAGAUCACAUUUUGCAUGUUCAUACAAUAGUGGAGAAAUGGUGUUUCUCAGUUUUCGGGGGUCAGGAAAUGUUUUCAGAUCCCUGAUGUUUGAGCUUGUUCACUGAUAGCUUCUUGUGACUAAGAGAAUUGUGUUUUCUGAUUAUCAUCAGCAUAGUAUCUUGUAAAUGAUGGCUUUCAACUUUAAAAAUACUUCUCAUUUAUGCAAAAAUUUUUCUUACCUUGGGAAUGGUUAGAUUUCUGUAGUGUGGUUUUGAAAACAGUAUUGUCUUUUCUCAAAGGAACUAGUAUUUUAUCUGGAUGUUUUCUAAGUUGAGUAUUUUCUUUCAAAAUUGAUAUCUUUGAACAAGACUCUCUGAUACGACUUUGAAGAAUUCAAUCCCUGUGAAAUAGAAAAAGUAGAAAAGAUGUUAGUGGACUGAUGAUUACUUUUUCAUAAUAAAUGGUGUGGGUAUGUAAAUAAUGAUUCUCAUUCUUUUAGAUAUAGAUAUAGAUAUAGAUAUAGAUAUAUAGGGUUGCAUGAUUCAAACACAUUCAAUAUGAAGAGAAAACAAAGGAAUUCUUUUCUUUU